AUGCUCUCCCACACAGGACUGAAGUGCGGAAUUCGUGCAGUUGAUUUGAAAAGUACGGAAACUACCUUGGAAUCGGGGUUCUUCUCUAGAAUUAGUAGUUGGGGAAAUUCAACAGUUGGUGGACACCCGUGGCAGGUCUCCCUGAAAUUAGGUAGGCACCACUUCUGUGGAGGAAGCUUGAUUCAAGAUGAUCUGGUGGUUACAGCAGCACACUGCCUGGCUAGCCUCGAUGAGAAGCAAAUUAAGCAUCUGACUGUGACUGCUGGGGAGUAUAACCUCUUUCAGAAGGAUAAGGAGGAACAGAAAAUUCCUGUCUCAGAAAUUAUUAUCCAUCCUAAAUACAACAGACUUGGAUAUAUGAGUUUUGAUAUUGCACUGCUAUAUCUAAAACACAAAGCCAACUUUGGAACUACUGUUCAGCCGAUCUCUAUUCCCCAUAGAGGUGAUAAAUUUGAAGAAGGGAUUUUUUGCAUGGCCAGUGGAUGGGGCAAGAUUUCAGAGACAGCAGAAUAUUCAAAUGUCCUGCAGGAAGUGGAACUUCCCAUAAUGGAUGAGAGAACAUGUAAAACUAUGCUCAAGGGUAUGAACCUUCCUCCCCUGGGAAGGACCAUGUUGUGUGCGGGUUUUCCUGAUGGAGAAAAGCUUGCCUGCCAGGGGGACUCUGGAGGUCCACUUGUUUGUAGAAGAGAUGAUGGAAACUGGGUUCUUGCUGGGAUAACUUCCUGGGGAGCUGGUUGUGCUAGAGGUUGGAAUCGUUUCAGAAAUAACCAUAGAAGGGCAUCCCCUGGCAUUUUUUCCAGGCUGUUUGAGUCAAUGGAUUUCAUCACUCAGACCAUGACAGAUUGUAGACCUCAGGGAACAGUAUUAUUUGGAGAAAAUGGGAAGAUUCGUUAUCCCCAUUUGAAAGAGAGCAACUCUUCUCAUAAUCGCUUAUGUAUCUGGAAAAUAAUGGUACCAGUAAAUAAAAUUUUCCUAAUAAAAUUUACAAGCUUAGACUUAGAAAAUCAAGUUGAAUGUGACCAUGAUUAUGUAUCUUUACAAUCAAGCAGUGGAGUGCUUAUUAGUAAGGUCCGUGGAAAUAUAUUGCCCGCACCAUUGCUGACAGAGACCAAUGAGGCCACAGUUACCUUUGUUUCUGAUGCAGACAACAGUGGCAGCAGCUUUGAGCUUACCUUUACCGCUACACGGAAGAACUCAGAAGCAGGUUCGGGAUGUGGGAGUGGGGCUGUGCUGGUGGUGGAAAGGAUGAUUCAGUCUGCCCUAUAUCCUCACCCGUAUCCCAGGAAUGUAGGGUGUCACUGGUUGAUUCAUGCGCCAGAGAAACACAUUAUAAAGUUGACAUUUGAAGACCUUAGUAUUGAAUUUAACCAAAACUGUUAUCAUGCUGUUGUGAUUUAUGGUGAUCCUGAAGAGGAACAUGGGUUGGCUAAGCUUUGUGAAAUCUUGAACCCUACUCGGGUAUUCAGUCCUGGUAAUAUGAUGAUGAUUCAUUUUAAAAGUGAUGGUGAAAAGAAUUUCCAACGCUUCAAGGCUAGAUUCAGCUCUUUACCCUCAGGUGUCUGUGGCAUCCCUCCAUUUAGUCCCCAGUGGCUUUCCAGGAGAAUUGCAGGAGGGGAAGAAGCCUGCCCCCACUGCUGGCCAUGGCAGGUGGGUUUGAGGUUUCUAGGUGAUCACCAGUGUGGAGGUGCCAUCAUCAGCUCUAUUUGGAUUCUGACUGCAGCCCAUUGUGUGCAAUCGAAAAAUAAUCCACUCUUGUGGACCAUUGUUGCUGGAGACCAUGACAGAACCUUCAAGGAGCCAACUGAGCAGGUGAGAAGGGCAAAACACAUUGUGGUGCACGAAGACUUUGACAGACUGACCUUUGACUCUGACAUCGCCCUAAUACAGCUGAGCUCUGCUCUGGAGUUCAACUCAGCGGUGAGGCCAGUGUGUCUCCCGCACAGCACGGAGCCUCUGUUUUCCUCUGAGAUCUGUGUUGUGACUGGAUGGGGAAGCGUUAGUGAAGAUGGUGGCCUAGCGAGUCGCUUACAGCAGAUUCAAGUGCUCGUGUUAGAAAGAGAGGUCUGCGAACGCACUUACUAUUCUGCACAUCCAGGAGGGAUUACAGAGAAGAUGAUCUGUGCUGGCUUUGCAGCAUCUGGAGGGAAAGAUGUGGGUCAGGGAGAUUCUGGUGGGCCAUUAGUAUGUAAACAUGAAAAAGCUCCCUUUGUCCUCUAUGGCAUUGUCAGCUGGGGAGCCGGCUGUCCCCAGCCAAGGAAGCCAGGCGUAUUUGCCAGGGUGAGUGUCUUCUUGGACUGGAUUCAAUCCAGAAUCAAAGGUCCUGUUUUACUUCAGAUAAAUAAAGAAAGCAAAAUCUUAACAAGACAACAGUUGCCACCACCCACACCUUCAAGAGACAGUGCAUCUGGGCCAGGCUGUUACUCUGAAGUGGAGCUGGAAGAGCCCAGAGGCUUUUUUUCCUCUCCAAGAUAUCCACUGGAUUAUAGAGGAAAACUGGAAUGUUCUUGGGUGCUCAGAGUUUCACCAAGCAGUAUGGCAAAAUUUACGGUUGAGUAUCUGUCACUCCCUGGAUCUCAUGUGUGUCGCGAUUCAGUUCUGACUAUUUAUGAAGAAAACCACAAUGAGAGAAGGAUGUCAGGUGAAUUAUGUGGGAGAAGGCUUUACCCAAUGAUUUUCAUGAGCUCUGGACCACUGGUGAGGGUGACAUUUCAUUCCCGUGUGCAGGGUGCUUUUGGUAUAAAUUAUAUUGUCUUUAGAGUCCAAGGUCCAAAGGGCAGUAAAACUACCAAAUUUCUUCAGAGUUCAAACCAAGAGCAUGUGACCACUUGUGACGAAGUUAUUCUUACCAAACCAACAGGAAUCAUACAAAUCCCAAGAUAUUUUCACAGAACCACUAUGAGCUGCCACUGGAGAUUAUUAGCCCCUUCAAAUCACAUCAUUCGUCUUGAUAUUGUCAACUUCCAGAUGCAACCAAUGCCCUUGGCCUGUCAGGGUCACCUGUGGGUUUAUGAAGGAUUUGGAUCAGGCAAAAAAUUAAUAGAUUCUGUGAAAGGAAAAAUUAAUGGUAAAGAGGUUAAAGGAGGUAACUUUUUGAAAUUUGUUUACUCAGAUUUCAUCCUCACAGUAAAGGUGGUUCUCUUUAGACUCAGGGUAAUAGAUAAUGUUGCCUUGAAAGAGGAUGGCAACAAAGGAGUACAAGUGACGUGGACAGAUCUGGAGAUAGAACUGAUAGGAUUUCUUGAUGGAUUGAAUGUGGAAUUAAAUCUGCAGAUCAAGGAUGGCUCCUAA